AUGCUGGAGAAGGGGAAGGGGAGGAAAAAAAAAAUCCCUUCACAUCCCCAGCUCAGCCAUCCACCGCCAGCCAGCCGCACUCAGGACAAUAACACAGCUGGGGAUGCUGCACGGCCACCAGCCGCUCGCCACCUCUCCCACAGCCUGCUGCCCGUGAGCGGAGAGACAGCGAGGGGGGGACUCGCCCAGGGCUGGCGUUUGCCUUUCCCUCCAGAGCUUCGCCUGGAUCCGCGCAGGGCUGCGAGCCAGAGGGUGAGGCAGCCAGGGGAUUGCAGAGGCUGGGAAAAUGGAGAGAAGAGGAAACGUCAGAUCGAGAUCGAAAAUAAAAGACGGCAGCUCGAAGACGACAGACGCCAAUUACAGCACCUAAAGUCCAAGGCUCUGAGGGAGAGGUGGCUGCUGGAAGGAGCCCCGUCGUCCGCCUCCGAGGAAGACGAGGCCAUGAAGAAGCAGAUGCAGGAAGACGAAGUGAAGACCAAGGAGCUGGAAGAAACCAUCCAGAGGUUGGAGAAGGAGCUGGAGAUUCUGGAGAACGGGGACUCGGCGCCUCCCACCAAGGAGAAGCUGGGGAAGGAGGUAGCGGUGACAGCAAAGGAGGAGAAAGCAGCAAACACACAGAAGACUCCGCUGGGCACAACUAAAGCGGAGCAGAAGAUCUCCAACAGCCCCAUGAAGUCGGUGGAGGGCACUGACAUGAUGAAGGCAGCCAUGUACUCAGUGGAGAUCACAGUGGAGAAGGACAGAGUAACUGGCGAGACCAAAGUCCUAUCCAGCACCACCCUGCUCCCCAAGAAUCAUUGCCUGCAGGGGGUCAAGGUGUACGAGGAUGAGAUGAAAGUGGUGCACGCGGUCCACAUGGAGGAUGGCGCCAUCGAGAACGGGGUGCACCCUCUCAGCUCCUCUGAGGUGGACGAGCUGAUCCACAAGGCAGAUGAGGCAAACCUGAGCGAGGCCUCCCGGAGGGACUCCAAGACCAAGGAGCGCGAAGAGGCCAAGAAGGGGGGUCCCGGGAGCAACCUGCCCAGCCAGAAGACCACGCCCCGGAAGGAGAUCACUGGGGUGCAAGCCAAGCCAGUGGACAGCCCAAGAAUCCUGGCCUCCGGUGAAGGGGCAGAGCCUAGCAAAGAGCAGCCGGUCACCAUGAUCUUCAUGGGCUACCAGAACGUGGAGGACGAGAACGAGACCAAAAAGGUGCUGGGCCUGGGGGGCACCAUCAAGGCCGAGCUGGUGGUGAUCGAAGAUGCCGACAACAAGCCAGCAGCGGCUGGAGCGGCAGACUGCACGGGCAAGGACCACGCCCCGCCCAACGGCAGCACCGUGGAGCCUGUGGCCGCCCUGCCGCAGAAGGAAGACGGCCAGGUCGGGGAGAAGCCAGGGGCCAACGACACGGAUCCCAAGGGGGCCGAUCAGGACCUAGACAUGAAGAAACACCGUUGCAAAUGCUGCACGGUGAUGUGA